AUGCAUCCAAUUGUGCUAUCAAGUGACACGACAUCCUAUGCCGGAUCUCCAUACCAGGGUCCCGAUGAAUGGGACCAAUACUUCAACCAAUUUACUUUUGUUUACACACCUCCUUAUCCACCUCCACAAAUGCCGCCGCCUCCACAAGAGGACGAGCCAAUGGAGCACGCGGAGCAACCGCAACCACCACCACAACCAAGGAAACCUCAUGGUGCACGUAUGUCGAUGCGUGCGGGGCAAUGGUCGGGUUCGCUUCCACCUUUGCCACCAUCUUAUCCCACUGUUCCAGAGGACCCACAAAUGGCACCUAUGGAUUAUAGUUAUCCAGCUCCGCCAUACGACCCCUAUCUUCAGGCGGUUGUUCAUAAUGCACUAUAUCCAUCACCAUUUCCUCCCGCUUACCCAAAUGCUGGAUAUCCCAAUUAUGGGUACCAGUAUCCUGUUGUGCCACAACCACAACCACCGUAA